AUGGAAGAAAGUUUUAAGAAAACCAAAGAAGAUUGGUCGUCUUUCUACAAAAAAGUAGAAAAUUCGUUGAAUAAAGAUAUCUCAUUUGGUUUAGAAGAUGAGAUUCGUCAAAAGAACGUCCAAGUAUAUAUUCUUUGGCAGAUGAAAGAUAAAUCCAAAGCUGAAGAAUUAGCCAGUGAAGUUCGAGAAAAGAAGCCAGAUAACCUGGUGGCAUUAACCAGCCUUGCAUUCAUUCAUUUGAACAAUGGAAAUAUCCCUGAGGUAAGAAACCUUUUGGAUGAUCUAAGUAAUCUUGAAGAAAGAGAAAAUUUCUCGCUGAUAGAAGCAGAAGGCAAAAGAAAUGUUGCUUAUUGUUUAGCUACUAUAUCUUUUGAAGAUCAUGAAAGAGCUGUCGAACUUUACAAAGAGUCUCUCAACGUUUGUCCGGAUGAUUAUCUGUGUAUGUUUUCCAUUGCUCUGUUGCAAUAUCGUUGUUUAAGAAAGAACAUAGAUAAAGAGAAAAGAUGUGAAAAUAUUAAGGAAUCAAUACAGUACUUAGAGAAAAUACAAUGUGCUUUUCGACAACAUAAUAACAAGGCCCUAAUGGGAAGAACAUUAGCAUUGAUUGGUUUGUUUCAACUUAGACCUUAUAAUUUUCAUAGUCAAGUAGCUGAAGAGUAUUUUCAGAGAGCUCUUGAUAUUUCCCCUGAUGACCCCUAUGUUUUGGAGAAAAGUGGCAAUCAUUAUAUACUUUCAAAGCAGCUUGAAAAAGCAAGAAAAGUGCUUGAAAAAGCAAUUAAAAAAAAGGUAACACCAUAUUCUCAUCGUCAGCUUGGAUUACUUUAUCUAAGAGAUGAGAACCCUACAUAUACAUAUGUCCCAAUGAACAAACAAUUCUCAAAAGAAACGAAUGAAUUUGCGAAAUUUUUAAAACCUCCUCAAAAUAUUCCUGAUAGAGAAAGGAAUGAGUUAAUCACCAAAGCUGAAAAUCACUUUCAACAAGCCCUUGAACUUUCUUAUAGAUAUUCACCUGCUCUCUAUGAUAUCAUUAUAUUAUAUAUGUCUUUGAAAGAAUAUGACAAUGCCAGGAAGUAUUGUGAAAGAUUUAAAGCAGAUAACACAAGGCAAGAUGUUAAUUUUUACAUUUCGUUUGGAAAAUUAUGUUUUAAAGAAGCAGAUGUAAAAAAUGAUGAAGAAGAAAAAGAUCAAUUAAGAUGUACAGGAAUGGAUUGGUUUGUUCUGGCUCUUAAAUCUGCUGUAAAAUUUCUUCCUUUCGACAAAGACCUGAUAGAAAUUUGGGAGAUAAAGGAAAUAAUACUUGAAUUAUAUGAGUAUGGAAAUGGAAAUACUGAAUACAAAAAAUUUGUUUUGGAAUUCAUUCAGUCAGUAGAAGACCUUGCCAAUGACAAAGCGUUCCAAAAUAUACUUCACAAGAGUGAAUUAUAA